AUGGAAUAAGGUAAAAACACUGCAUAAUAAUUGAUUGCUCAUACAUCUUUAGAUUUAGUUAAGAAAUUUUAACUCUUUAAAGUUUGUAUUUUAAAUUAAAUGUUUAGAUGAUUAAAGGAGUUAAGGAAUUACAUGCUUAGGCUAUUUUCAAAGAGAUUUGAACUUAGAGAACUUUGUAUAUUUUUAAAAUAAAAAUAAAGUCAAAUUAAUAGACUUUGGUUUAGCUAAAAAAUACUCCACAAGAUUAAAAACAAUAUAAGUGGGUAACUUUUUAUUCUUGUUCUUGGUCUUCUGCUAAUAUGUUUAAAUGGAACUGUUUCUUAAUUGCUAUCGGCUAUAAUCAUAAUUCUUUGGCUAUCAGUUCAUAUAAUUGUGA